CGUGCUCAUACAUUGAGCGGGCAGACUCGACCUUCAAGAUGUUCAAAAAGGAAUUCUCGCCGGGCGCGAAGUCCAAAGUGAAAUCCUCCGUCCAGCGCAAAAUCCGCGAAAACAUCAUCGAGACCUACCCACUCAUCGAGCCAUACAUUGAGGCGAUCCUUCCGAAGAAAGAGCAAUUAGACUUGGUCAAACUCCCAGAUCGCGUCUCACUCUACUCUCUGGGCGACAAGCCUCUUUUCUGGCAACACAUGGACGAUCCGAUCAUUCCACAUCUGCGAGUAAUACACCAAUACCCGCAGUGCUUCCAGCACGUACGAAUAGAUCGCGGUGGUAUAAGAUUUGUGCUGUCAGGAGCUACGCUGAUGACGCCGGGACUGACGAGUCCUGGCGGAAGAUUGCCCGGUGGGCCAGAGAGUGAGCAGUGGGCUAAUGGAGGAAAAGAGAUUGAAGCUGGGGAGGUUGUUGUCGUGGACGCCGAAGGCAAGGAAAAUGCGUGUAUGGUCGGGGUAUUGAAGCAGAGCACCAAAGAGAUGAAGGAGAAAAAGAAGGGCCCAGCCAUUGAGAACGGACACUAUGUUGGAGAUGGCUUGUGGAAGCUGGGUCUGUAAAUUCAAGGCUUAUGGUGGUCAAACGACUUUAACAUCACAGCCUAAGAACUUUACGGGAUGAUAUGCUCCUACACUCUGCGUUCAGGCUUCAUUGGCCGAGAAAUGUCGGGACAUUCAACAGCUUCAAGACGAUCGUGAAAUGGGGCAUUGCGUUUGUGUCAACAAAGACGGUCGGAAAGUAGUUGUAUGGCAUUUCAGUCCCAUCGCAGGAUCGCUGCUCAGUAACUGAACCUCGUGGACGCCUUCCUUGAUG